AUGAGUCUCAUAUACAUCCCAAUCUUCGCGGCAGCUGCCAUGCAGGUCCUAGGGGUGGUUGUUCCUCAACAACUGCCUAUCUUCUCAGGUCCAUGCGCCGUCCUGCCCCCAUCUAACAAGACUGAAACUCCAAGCUAUGAUGGGGUACAAUCAGGCGCCUCAUCUAUCUGGGGUCAUGAGGGCAGCGGCGGACCAAAGAAAUGGACAGACCUCUACGUCAAGGGUCUCACCGUCAUACCAUAUUGCUUUCCUACUGAAGAACAUCGCAAAGCCAACAUCGCGAAAGUGGAAGCAGCCACCGAACUUUGGAUCACAGCACUUGGUGGUAAGGCUUCGGAGGCUAGUGGUCAUAAGAUCAUGUUCUCGGAAUGGAUUGAUCCUCGGAAGAAACCCAUGUACUGCAUCGACGUGAACAGUCCAGUUGAUAGUAAGUGGAACAUGGCUGUUCCAUACAAAACAGUCGCUAUCUGGAAGGAUGAUCGUGCGGGAAAACGCGCCGCAUCAUCUACUGUGGGAAUGGGUGAUUCUCCUGGAAAGCCAUGGGAUUUAGACAUGUGGCUUGGCGAAGAGGCUAGCAUUCAGACCAUUGCACAUGAAUUCGGCCAUGUCAUGGGAAUGAUGCACGAGCAACAACGAUCCGACCGCGACACAUAUGUACGCUACGACUGCAUGAAGCUCACAGAUUACUCCACCGCUCUCGCACGUGCUCGCGAAUCCGACCCCAGUGUGACGACUGCGGAGCUUUGUAAUGACGUCAACAUAGCUGCCAAAUAUGAAUUUAGCGGUCGCUCCUUCACCAAAUCCGUUCUCUAUGGGAAAUCCAACGACGGAUGGAUGCUGAAUCUCGAUACGCCGUACGAUGUCAACAUGAGCGGUGAAUCCGCUAGCGCGUUUGAGAGCAAACCUCUCACGUCCAAGGACUCAUGUCGCUUACAAGAACCACAAAAUCGCACACUGCUUUUAUUCAUCAGCAGAAUGAGUCUCGAAGACUUUGCCACCACAAAGGCAAUUUUUCCUUCCGACAAAAUGAGUGCGCCCACUAGUAUCGAAGACAGCAAACACCAGCAAAACGGUAAAGCUGAAUAUACCACAGCCACCAAUCUUAUCGACGCUACUAAUCUCAGUGUCCAAGGAACCGUUGUCGCUGCCGGCUACCCAAGACAUCUUACGCUUGACGUUGGUGGGCGCAAGUUCAAAGUCUCGUGUGACACGCUGAAGUCUGAGUCUGGCUGGUUUAAGAGGCAGCUCUCCGGACGUUUCGGUCCAUGGGAGCCUGAGCUGGACGGCUCAUACUUCAUGGACGCUGACCCUGAUCUCUUUGAGUAUCUUCUUCGCUUCAUGCGCCGUCCCGAAGUCUUUCCUCUUUUCUACAACAAGAUGAACGGCUUUGACUAUGACCUAUACAAUCGCCUGCAAGCAGAGGCGCUUUACUUUCAGAUGGACACGCUAUACGAAUACCUCAACGCUAUCAAAGUCAAAACUUCGAGCCUGGAUAUCCGCGUAGUUCAUAGCCUCGAUCACGUACAGCAAGAGAUUCUUCCAGUCCACAAGACCGAAGAGUUGCAUGUCGUUCCGCGAACACGCAAAGUUUAUCUUUGUCCUCGCCAGAUCGCGGGUCAUAAAGGCCGUCCUGAACUUUGCGGUGCGGCAUGUCAUAAGAGGCAGGCGGAUAAUGCGGUAGAAUACGAGGACGUGGGUUUUCUGCAGGUAGUCAGCCUAAAAAAGGAGAUUGUCUUCGACGAAAAGGUCUGUAGAGAUGACUGA